GUAUUAUUCUCUUUGGUUUUACUUCCAUUAAUGGAUUUGCGGAGCUUCAAAACUUCGUAUCAUCAUGGGAUUGAGAAGGGUAUCCCACGAUACUGCCGAUUUACGGCUGGUUGGCCGGUAGUCCCGACUAUCGUAAUCUCUGUUCUGAUGAUCUUCUUCAUCUUCUCGUACACAAUCAUGUCUAACUUUUUUCUGAAAACCGCAGCCUUAAAUAUGGAAGAAGAAUCUGAGGGGUUUCGGAGACAGAAAAUUGAAUGGAAAAUGAAGUCGGUUCUCCCUGUUUUCCCCCUGCAGUCUACGCAAGAAGAGGUUGACAACGUGAACCAGAGUUCCCUGAUUCCUCCGGUCAAUGUCAGUCGAGUAGAGAGAAUUGAAUGGUUCAAGUCAAAAUUACCGGAGUUUGAGAUUUUCCGCUCGGACAACCUGACGGAGAGAUUCCACGGCCGUGUUCUAGAAUUCUUAAACCAGAAAUGCGAAGUUCAGUUCUUUAUGACAUGGAUUGCUCCGGCGAAGUCUUUCCAGAGGAAAGAAAUGUCAGCCGUGGAGAGCGUUUUCAAAGCACACCCUGAUGGAUGCUUGGUGAUUCUGUCAAGGACCAUGGACACAGAAAUUGGGUACAGGAAGCUGAAACCUCUGCUUGACGGUGGAUUCAAAGUUCUGACUGUGGCACCAGACCUAUCGUUCCUGUUCAAGAACACGCCGGUGGAAGCUUGGUUUGAUGAGAUGAAGAAGGGAAAGAAAGACCCAGGCAAGAUUCCAUUAGCCCAGAAUCUAUCCAACCUGAUCAGGCUUGCGGUUCUGUACAAGUAUGGAGGGAUUUACAUAGAUACAGAUUUCAUUGUCCUGAAAAGUUUCAAGGGGCUGAAAAACUCAAUUGGAGCGCAGAGUAUGGACAUGAUGUCCGAGAAUUGGAAAACAUUGAACAAUGCAGUUCUUGUCUUUGACAUGAACCAUCCACUUCUGUUCAAGUUCAUUGAAGACUUUGCAUUAAAUUUCAAUGGAAACAAAUGGGGAUACAAUGGACCCUAUCUUGUUUCAAGGGUGGUCAAGAGAGUUGAAGGAAUACCAGGUUACAACUUCACCAUAUUGCCACCCAUGGCCUUUUAUCCUGUUGAUUGGGAUAACAUAGGAGGACUCUUUAAAAGGCAGAAAAGCCCGGUUGUAUCUGGAGAUGUAGAAGAUACACUGCUUCAGCCAAGUGAAAAGAGUUAUGGGGUUCAUCUAUGGAACAAGCGAAGCAGCAGAUUGGCAGUUGAAGAGGGGAGUGUGAUGGAAAGAUUGAUAUUAAAUCAUUGUGUUAUCUGCCAAGGCAUAUAUAGUUCCUAAAUGGACAGUUGAUAGUUAUGUUGAUUUUCUCCCAUAUUUUCUUCUUUGCAUUGAUCACAUUAUAAGUGUAGAUAAGAUGCCAAUUUGAUAUAGCCAAAGAAUCUGUUUUGAUAUGAGAUUGAAAGUCUCAUGUUUAAAUCUUGAUAUUAUUCCAUGCAAAAUAGUAAAUGGUUGUUUCUUUU